UCAGCUUCAGGAUCUGUCCUUCCAGUGAGCACUCAGGGCUGAUUUCCUUCAGAAUGGAGAGGUUUGAUCUCCUUGCAGUCCAUGGGACUCUCAAGAGUCUCCUCCAGCACCAGAAUUCAAAAGCAUCCAUUCUUCGGCGAUCAGCCUUCUUGAUGGUCCAGCUCUCACUUCCAUACCUCACUACUGGGAAAACCAUAGCUUUAACUAUACGAACCUUUGUUGGCAAGGAUUUUCUAGCUGCUCUAAUUUGGACAGACUGAACACGGCAGGGGAAAAAAGGGAUUUCUUCUGAUCUCUUGGAGGUUUCCUGAGAGCACAGAUGGAUGAGCGAGACUCAGCUGGCCCUGAAGCAGGAAGAGGCCAUGGGAGCAGUGGGGGAUUCUGGGAAAACUCUGUGCAGAAGAUCCUGGGUGAGGAGGACACCCCUUGCUCAGAGGUGCAAAGCCAGCAGUUCAGCCGGUUCUGCCCCCAGGAGGCCAAAGGACCCCGAGAAGUUUGCAGACGACUCUACCACUUUGACCAUCAAUGGGUAAAGCCAGAAAGGCACACGAAAGCUCAGAUGUUGGACCUGGUGAUCAUGGAGCAGUUCCUGGCUGUCCUUCCAGCGGAGAUAGAGAGCUGGGUGAGGGAAUGCGGAGCGGAGACCAGUUCCCAGGCGGUGGCCCUGGCCGAAGGAUUCCUCCUGAGUCAGGCAGAGGAGAGAAAGCAGGGAAAGGAUCUGUUUGCAGGAAUGGGUUCAGGUUCCUCUGAGGCAGAGAGGACUCGGUUGGACGCCAGAGAGAGGCCACUGGGUGACAGAAAGACUUCGACAGAACCUCCUCCAUCUUUUCAUGGUGUCACAGGGGAAGCGGUGGCUGUGGAAGCGGAUCAGGGUUCAGUGUGCUUUGAGGACGUUGCCGUUUCUUUCACGGACGAGGAGUGGGCAUUGCUGGAUCCUGACCAGAGAGCUCUGCAUAAGGAAAUCAUGGCGGAGAAUCGUGGGAUCGUGGACUUUCUCAGUGGCGAAAUGUUAGAAAUCCGCAUAAUGGAAACGCUACAUAAAUAUUUGGGGUGCGGUGAGAGCUUCUGUAAGAAGGUCCAUCUCGUUUCCCAGGAAAGCACUCAAAGAGAAGAGAAACAAUAUCAUUGCUCGGCAUGUGGAAAGAGCUUCAGUCACAGGGCCAACCUCACAACCCAUCAAAGAAUUCAUACCGGGGAGAGACCAUUUCAGUGCCGGCAGUGUGGAAAGAGCUUCAGCCAGAGCGCCCAUCUCACCACCCAUCAAAGAACUCACAGCGGAGAGAACCCAUACAUGUGUUUGGAAUGUGGAAAGGUUUUCAGAUACAGGCGCACCCUCACUUCCCAUCAAAGAGUUCACACAGAGGAGAAGCCACAUCAGUGCUUGGAAUGCGGAAGGAGCUUUGCUUUGAAGAAAUGGCUCACUUCCCAUCAAAGAAUUCAUAAGGGGGAGAAACCCUACAAGUGCUUGGAGUGUGGGAAGAGCUUCAGCGAGAGCACCUCUCUCACUUCCCACAAGAGAACUCACAGCGGGGAGAAACCAUACCUUUGCUUGGCGUGCGGAAAGCGCUUCGGUCACAGGGCCAACCUCGCAGCCCAUCAGAGAAUCCACACCGGGGAGAAACCUUUUCAAUGCCAGGAGUGUGGGAAGUGCUUUAGCCAGAGCACCCAGCUCACUACCCAUCAGAGAACGCACAGCGGAGAGAAGCCGCACCUGUGCUUGGAGUGUGGAAAGAGCUUCAGUCACAGGCACACGCUCAUUUUCCACCGAAGAAUUCACAGCGGGGAGAAACCGUACCGGUGCUUCGAAUGUGGCAAGAGCUUCAGUCGCAGCGACAAUCUCACAACACAUCAACGAACUCACAGUGGGGGGAAACUGUAGCAGUGGCUGUGUACAUACAGUGGUACCUCGGGUUACAGACGCUUCAGGUUACAUACGCUUCAGGUUACAUGCGCUUCAGGUUACAGGCUCUGCUAACCCAGAAACAGUGCUUCAGGUUAAGAACUUUGCUUCAGAAUGAGAACAGAAAUCGUGCUCCGGUGGUGUGGCGGCAGCUGGAGGCCCCAUUAGCUAAAGUGGUGCUUCAGGUUAAGAACAGUUUCAGGUUAAGAACGGACCUCCGGAACCAAUUAAGUACUUAACCCGAGGUACCACUGUAUUUAAAUUUAUGAGACUUUAAUUAAAUUGUAGGUGGGUGAGGACUGCAACAGUGUUCUUGCCCAGCAAAGAAGUCGCCCUCGUCUAUCAGGACCGUGGAGUGCACCAGUAAUACUAAGAAGACGAUAUCCCGCUUGAUCACUCCCCUUCAGGAGUCUCAAAGCGGCUAACAUUCUCCUUUCCCUUCCUCUCCCACAACAAAUACUCUGUGAGGUGAGCAGAGCUGAGAGACUUCAGAGAAGUGUGACUGGCCCAAGGUCACCCAGCAGCGGCAUGUGGAGGAGCAGGGAAGCGAACCCGGUUCCCCAGAUUACGAGACUACUGCUCUUAACACUACACCACACACUCCCUCUCUCAGUGCCCUAACUUUUCUUCACAUUGCAGACCCCUUUGCAGAUCUACAAAGUGCAAUUUGGAUUCCUUUUUUCACGUUGCAUCAGGGAAGAGGGUCGCAAGCGCUUUGGCGACACUGGUGAGGUCAACCAGUGCCACCCACUGGCAUUUCCAGAGGUGCUCUGGUCCGGAGAGAGAAAGGGAGAGUUUUAGACAGAUGGCCCUUUUUACUCCUCUCCCUGGAGAGAAGAGGGAUCAACACACUCAAAAUACUCCUGGUUUUGCACCUGUUAGUCACUGAACAAAGAUGCACGUGUAGAAUCACAGAACUGUGGAGUUGGAAGGGGCUCCCAGAGGCACCUAGUCCACCCCCUGGCUGCACUGCAGGAAUCACAGCUAAAUUAGGAGUAGACUGACCACGUCACCAUCCAUUAAAACAACACACACUUUAAAAUCUGAUUUCUUUUUAUUGUUAUUGAAUGACUUUGUUCUAAACAGAAGAAAGAACACAGCUCCCUGUCUCUCUCUCUCUCGCUUACCCCCUCACCCCCCCCCAAAAAAAUUGGACCUUUUCUUUUUAGUGCAAAGUCUUCUUCGGUGGAUACAAAUCUUCAUAUUUAUGAAGUACAGUACGUAAUUAUGUAAGGCACAAAAUAAAGUCUCUUUCUUUAACAACAACAACAAAAAAUCAAGUUAACACGAAGCUCAGUUCCGUUAUCAAGAAGUAUUUGGCCUGUUUGACCACCUUCAGCCCCACAAACACCCAGCCACCAAUAGUUGAGAAAUUAAUGCCAUGGUUUGCUUGAGUUGCCAGCCAGCCAGCGCUAAAGAGCCCCCUUUUUUCUAGGGGUUGAGAGUCUUUUAAUACAUGCUUAGUUAAACAUACCCACAGCCUUUUCUUGCUAAUAGGAAAAUGGCAAAUAGGGUUAUUAUUAUUAUUUUUUUGGUAAAUAUUGUACUCUGAAAGGGUGCUAUUAUGCACAUUUAUUUAUUUCUGGCAUUUCUACUCCACGUGGUUCGCUCCCUCCUUGUUUAGCCCUCACACCAACCCUGUGAGGUAGGUUAGGCUGAGAGAAACAGGGACUGGCUCACAAGGUUACACCCAGUCAGUUUCAUGGCCCACUGGGGGGAUUCAAACCCGGGUCUCUCCCAGCUCCUCGUCCUGCACUCUCUACAGUACCACCGGCUCUCAAAUGGGGGCUUAAUCCUGUAACAGGUGGUUGAGGUAUCACAACCAGGUCAUUGGCAACAGGCUUUUUAAUUCACCAGAUUUCCCCCUGAAAAGGAAAAUCCAGAUUAAUGUGUGUUUGGGGAUAUGCGUUGGCAUUUUGAUGGCGUUGCCAUAUGGACCCUGCAAAAAAACGCAACCCUGAAAGCUGGUCCCAUUAUUAAAGCCCUUCUGGGAGCAUCUCCUGACUACAUUCUGUAUCUUAUCAAUGACCAAUUGUGGUGGGAAUCCAUUGUGCCUGAAUUAAUCAGAUUAUUGUGAUCCUCCUAAAUCUCUCUCCCUCCCUCUCUCUCUCUCUCUCUCUCUCUCUCUCUCUCUCUCUCUCUCACACACACACACACACACACACUCACUUUCCACCACAGUUCACUUAUUUGGGAAUCGUGGAACUGAUGGCUUCUCCAUGUUGGCUUCUCACAUUUCAAUGACAAGGGAGGAAAUGCAAUGCAUUUUAAAGACCAGGAGCUCAGGCUCGUUGGCCCUUAAUCCAGGUCACUUCUUGAAGCGGGAUCUGAACUCGGGGCAAGUCCAUACGACAGCGUCUCUACAGAACAGCUUAUCAGACAGAUGGACCCUUUGUUUCGUGGCCAGGAAAACAUGCAGUGGGAGAUGGAGUAGAAUGACCCCAUGUAUGACACAGCUCCCUGUGGGGUAGCAUCGCUGCAAUGAAAGGAUGAGUCAAAAAUAAUUGGACGAUGGCGCUGGGGUGACGCUUCUUUGCAAAAGUUGGGCUUUGCCAGCCGUUGCCCCCAAAACCCGGGUGCAACUUGUGGCAGAGCAGAGGGGGGGGGGGAGAUUCCUCAUUCAAACCACAUCACACCCAUUGUAACUAUGGAAUUUCAUCCGUGGGUCAUGGCCAGCUCUGCUUCAGUCCAACCCCUUGUGAUGCAGGAAUCCCAGCCUUCAUUUCACCAUGGAGAAAUGACAUAAUCUAUGUAAUUAAUCGAUGGCAUUGUUAUUGCACUCUGUUUGUAUCAAUGCAAGAAAAAGUAAUGUGAACUGGGAAGGGCAUCAUCUACAUAAAUGUUUGUGGAGUGAAAGCAACAGUGAAUCUCAA